CCGCCCCACAUGCGCCGAAUAGCUGCUGGGGCAGUGGAGCUCCCGCCCCACAACAAACACCGAACUCGGCAGUGACCCGGGGCAGGACCAGAUUUAUUCCAGGACGCAGCACCCACCGGGAGCAGAUCCGAACAUCACCCACCCAGAUCCGAUCUUGAUCCAGUACCCCGAGCGGUAGCGCGAACAAUGUUUUCUUACACGGUGACGGUGGCGACUGGGCAGCAGUGGUUUGCGGGCACCGAUGACUACAUCUACCUGACGCUGGUGGGCAGCGAGGGCUGCAGCGAGAAGACCCUGCUGGACAAACCGCUCUAUAAUGACUUCGAGCGGGGAGCGGUGGAUUCAUAUGAAAUGACUGUGUCGAGCGAUAUAGGAGAGAUCCUGCUGGUGAAGAUUGAGAAACGCAAGUACUGGAUACAAGAUGAUUGGUACUGUAAAUAUAUUACCAUAAAAACCCCCAGCGGCGAGUACCUGGAGUUUCCCUGUUAUCGUUGGAUUACUGAUGAGAAGGAAAUCGAAUUGCGGGAUGGGAAAGCAAGGUUGCCCCGCGAUGACCACACUCAACUUGCUAAACAGCACCGAUACCGAGAGCUGGAGGAAAGGCAGAAGCUUUACAGGUGGAAGGAAUGGCAUCCGGGUUUCCCGCUGAGCAUUGAUGCACAUUUCCACAGUGAUUUACCUCGAGACAUCCAGUUUGACACCGAGAAAGGAGUGGACUUUGUGCUCAAUUACUCAAAAGCAAUGGAGAAUCUGUAUGUGAAUCAGUUCAUGCACAUGUUUCAAUCUUCAUGGAGUGAUUUUGCUGAUUUCGAGAAGAUCUUUGUCAGAAUUAGCAAUACAAUUUCAGAGUACGUCAUGCAGCACUGGCAGGAGGACUUCAUGUUUGGCUACCAGUUCCUCAAUGGGUGCAAUCCUGUCGUUUUCGAGAAGUGCGACAAGCUCCUGGACAACUUUCCAGUCACAAAUGAAAUGGUGGAAAUCUGCCUGGAACGGGGACUCACGCUAGAGGAAGAGGUUAAGGAAGGUAACAUUUACCUGGCGGACUAUAAAAUUAUGGAUGGAGUUCCUGCCAACAACACUGACCCCUGCACCAUGCAGUACCUGAGUGCACCCAUCUGCCUGCUGUACAACAAUUCAAAGAACAAGCUGGUACCAAUUGCGAUCCAGCUGAAACAGGAACCUGGUCCAGAAAACCCCAUAUUCCUCCCCACUGAUGCAAAGUAUGAUUGGUUACUGGCAAAAAUAUGGGUAAGAUCAUCGGACUUCCAAGUACACCAGACUGUCACCCACCUCCUGCGGACACACCUUAUCUCUGAAGUGUUUGGUAUCGCUCUGUAUCGCCAGCUCCCAGCCGUGCACCCACUCUUUAAGCUGCUGCUGCCUCACGUCCGGUUUACAAUUGCAAUCAACACCAAAGCAAGGGAGCAGCUGAUCUGCGAAUGUGGUCUCUUCGACAAGGCAAACGGCACGGGAGGUGGUGGCCACGUGCGCCUGGUGCAGCGCGCCAUGCAUGGCCUCACAUACAAAUCUCUCUGCUUUCCUGAGGCCAUCAAGAUGCGGGGAGUUGAGAGCACAGAGAAGCUGCCAUAUUACUACUACAGGGACGAUUCACUGAAGGUCUGGGAAGCUGUCCAGGGCUUUGUCACAGAGGUGGUAAACAUAUAUUAUGAUGAUGAUGAGACUGUUCAAACAGACCAUGAAUUACAGGCCUUUGUGAAGGACGUGUUUGUCUAUGGACUGAAGGACAAUAAAAGUACAGGAUUCCCUAAAUCAGUGAAGACAAUCCAGAAGCUGAUCGAAUAUCUGACCGUCAUAAUAUUCACUGCCUCCUGUCAACACGCUGCUGUCAAUUUUGGACAGUAUGACUGGUGUUCAUGGAUCCCCAAUGCUCCUCCCACAAUGCGAUGCCCUCCACCCACCAAGAAGGGGGUUGUCACUGUGGAUUACAUCAUCGAGAGCUUACCAGACAGGGGGCGGUCAUGUUGGCAUCUGGGUGCAGUGUGGGCACUCAGCCAGUUCCAGGACAAUGAGCUGUUUCUUGGAACGUAUCCUGAUGAACACUUCAUAGAGAAACCAGUCAAGGAGGCCAUGGAAAAAUUCCGAAUGCACCUGCAGGAAAUUUCACAGCGCAUUGCAGAACGUAACCAGGAUAAGAAACUGCCGUAUUACUAUGCAUCUCCAGACAGAAUCCCCAACAGUGUGGCAGUGUAGGGGUGGGUCAGAAUGGAAACGGUACUGCCUGCUUUGUUCUCUUUCAAUCAGUAACCUGUAGGAAAGGUCCCCAUCUAGAUCUUUGAACUGCCUUCUGCUUAAACCCCGGAGAAAAGGUGUGAAAUGGAACCUGCAGCACUGCUGGUGCUCAGGACCCCGGCUGUUCCCUGUCAAACUUGCAACCAGCGUGAGCCCUCUCCUCACUGCUGACCAGCAUCCAAUGCAAGUUUCACACCUCUGGCCAGCGACAUCUAAAAGUGUAAAAGAUUAGCUUUAUUUGUCACAUAUGCAUCGAAACGUAGCAGAGAAACGCGUCACUUACGUCGGCUGCCCACAAGUGCCGCCAUGCUUCUGGCGCCAACAUGGCGCGCCCGCAGCUUACUAACCCCUAACUGGUACACGUCUGGAAACGUGGGAGGAAGCCAGAGCACGCGGGCGAAAAAGGGAGAAGGUACAAACCCCUGACAGGCGGCAGCGGGAAUUGAACCCUGAUCUUGUAGCUGGAUCUGUAAAGCACGAGGCUAACCACUGUGCCGACCCUGGGCCUUGUUAUUUCAAUCUUGUUGAUACUUAACAACUUUUCUAGAUUUGAUUUGCAUGUAAAGGGAAUUUAAAUUUCAUCAUUAUUGGUAUUGGUUUAUUAUUGUCACAUGUACUGGGAUUCCCUUGCAUACUGUUCAGACAGAUCAGAUUAUUACACACAGUACACUGAAGUAGAACUUGAUAAACCAACAACAUGAAGAAUAAAGUCAAGUCAAGCCAAAUUUAUUAUCAGUUAACUAUACACAUGCAUACCAUCAAACAAGACCCUGUUUCUCCAGACCAGCGUGUAAAGCACAAUAACACACAAUAAUUUAGGAAAGUAAGAAUAAAAUCUACAGAUGAAUUACGCAUAAAUAAACAAAGUAAAGUGCAUAAAUUAAAUAUUGUCGGGUACAGAACAAAUUAUCUGGUGACACUUCAAAUAGGAUGCAGCAGGGAAUUCUGAAGCUUCAUGGCCUGAGCAGCAUCUAUGGAGGGAAAUGGGCAGUUGAUAUUUCUGGUCAAGACCAUUCAUAGGCAUGAGUUUUCCAUUUCCCUCCAUAGAUGCUGACUGACCCACUCUGUGUGUGUGUGUGUGUGUGUGUUUUUGGUGGGGGAGUGGUGGGAAAGGGGUUUGUUUUGUUGUUAUCGCCUGCUGCCUGUUGCAUGUGUGUUAUUCUGCGGCAUAUCCUGGGCAUGUUAUAUUGGCUCCGGAAUGUGUGGCAACACUUGUGGGCUUGCCCCCAGAACAUCCUCAGCUUGUAUUGGUUGUACUUCACUGUGUGUUUUGCUGUAAAUAUGAUUAAUAAAUAAUCUAAUCUCUCAUUU